AUGUUGUUGAAGAAUCUGGUAUAUAUUGGUAGUGUGGCUGCUUUACCCUGGUCUAGCUCAUGGAGUUCGUUGCUUCAAGACGAUGACAGUGUUCGUACCAUUGACGUUGGUGAUGGUCAAUUAAGACAAGUUACUGAGUAUGAUAAGCUAAAAUUGAGGAGGCGUGGUAUCAAGUUUUUUGAUGUCACAGAUGUGCUGUUCUUCAGAAGCGAAGAGGACCCUGUAGUUGCUGAUUAUAACUAUCCAAUGCAAAUGCAUCAGAGAGAUACUGUACAUGGUGUGCUCGACAAGAUCGAUAAAGAGUCCAUGUACGCAGACUUAUCUAAAUUGACAAGUUUCUACACAAGGUAUUACAAGAGUGCGGAAGGUGUGAAGUCUGCGGAUUGGGUAUUAUCAAGGAUAACUAACAUCACCAAUGGGCUUGAAAAGGACCUUGUGCAGAUUGAACAAGUUUCACACAAGGGCUGGGAUCAGUACUCAAUUGUGGUUAGAUUCAAAGGUACUUCAUUACCAGAUAAUAUUGUUGUCAUAGGUUCUCAUCACGAUUCUAUCAACUUAUUAUUACCAUCAGUUCUCCCUGCACCUGGCGCAGAUGACAACGGCUCUGGUACUACUACAGUGUUGGAAGCCUUGAGAGUGUAUGUGGAAUACUAUAUAAAGCAAAACCAACGUCCUAUGAAUACCAUCGAAUUCCAUUUCUACUCUGCGGAAGAAGGAGGACUUCUUGGCUCCCUUGACGUAUUUACCAGAUAUGCUCGAGACCAAAAGAAGGUGGUAGCCAUGCUUCAACAAGACAUGACGGGCUAUGUGAGAGAUCCAGCUAAAGAGCACGUAGGUUUGGUAACUGAUCACACCACGCCCAAAUUAAACAACUUUUUGAAGUUGGUGAUGAAUGAAUUCUUGUCCAUACCAUAUGUGGAAACAGAAUGUGGUUACGCUUGCAGUGAUCACGGAAGUGCAGUAAAGAAUGGGUUCCCUGCCGCAUUUGUCAUUGAGAGUGACUUUAAAAAGACCAAUAGAUAUAUUCAUAGUACAAUGGACACUUUGGACAGAUUGAGUCUGGACCACAUGGCUGAACAUGCAAAACUCGUUCUGGGAACAGUUAUUGAAUUAGGGCAAUGGUUGGGGUUCUAA